AUGAACCUGUACAAAGCGCGUCUAGAGAAAAUAAGAAAGGACGAAAAAGAAAUAAUUGAAACAUUGUCAAUUUUAAAUGAAAAUAAAGUUCAAACUAUUGAUACUAUUCGAAAACUCGAGCUAGAAUAUAUGUUCCAUACAAGUACAGAUGCUGAAAAAAAAAUGGAAUGUGCUGUUAAGGCAUAUUAUAUAGGUAUUCAUACUGACGAUGGUGAAUACACAGAGACAAUCCAUAGAGGACAAGUUAAAGAUUUUGUCGGAACAAUCUAUGAUUUAAUGACAACAGCCAGAAAGUCUGAGGGAAUAUCGGCGUUAACUGACGCGAUACUUUGUAAAUAUGAUGAACGAUCGAGUAAUGGAAUUCAAAUUAAGACAGAUGACUUCAUUAAAGCAUGUAUGGAGACUCGUGACCUAAUGCAUUUAAUAUUAACACAAUGA